AUGUCUGGACAUUAAAUCAUUACUCAACCCUAGAGUCGUAGUCAAUAUCAAAGCAAUAAUAAUAUCCUAACAGCUCAACCAAUUCAGUAGCAAUCACAAAAUCCUCUGAAUUAUCCAAGUAAUGCCAUUCCUGCACCUUUCAUGCCUUCUCAAAUGAAUCAAUAAUAAUAUGCAUAAUCACAAGUAUACCAACCAAGAUUGAUGGAAAACACUGUGAGAAUUUAAUAGCAACCUGAAACACAUUGUCCAUUCUGUUUGACUUGCUAAUAACAUAAGACUGAUCUAUUAGCAAGGUAGGAGUCAUAGAAAGCUAAGCCUUAAGGAAAUGGCAAUUUCCCAGAAUACGAAUAUGGUGUUUGUCCUGAUUGUGAGGGGGAAACUGGAGAAGGAGAUCCAGAAGAUGAUAUUGGAAUAGAAAAUUAGAAACUUCGAGAUGAUAUUGCUGCCAAAGCCAAAGCGAAUAGAAAGUUGAGGAAUGAUGUGGUUCGAUUAUAGACUGAAUUAGAUAGAAUCAAACAUUUACCAGAGGAAAAUGAAAAAUUAAAAGCCAUGAUAGGCCCGUUGGAAGAUUAAUUAAGAGAUGCUAGACAUAAGAAUUAAGAUUUACUUGAUGACAAUAAUAAAUUGGGAAAUUAAGUCAAGGAUCUUAGAAAUAAUAUAGAUAAAGCUAAUAAUGCAGCCAAAGAUAAUGAUAAUAUGAAAAAGGAAAUUGAGGAACUUAAAAAGAAGACUAAAGAUAAUGAUAAAGUGAUGGAGGAAAACAAUGAUCUUAAGAACAAAUUAAAUAGAUUGAAGGGAGACAGAGAUAAAAUGUUAGCAGAUUUAGCUGCCUUGGAAAAAUAGAAUGGAGCAAUCAAGGAUAAAUUAGGAAAAUUAGCCAAAGAAAAUAAUGAUCUCUAAAAGGAUUUGGGAGAUUUGAAGAAGGUAAACAAGGAUUUGGAAAAGAAAUGCAAUGAUCUACAAUUAGAUAAUGAUAAUUUACAUCUCAAUUUGGGUGAUGUUAAAGGGGACAGAGAUAAAGCCAAAGAUCAAUUAAAUGAUUUACAUAAAAAUAGGAAUCAAUUACUUGAUGAAUUGGGUAAAGUGAGAGAUAAAUUAAAAGACGCAGAAAAGGAUAAAGAUGAUCUUGGUAAAAAAUUGAAUAAUGUAUAAAAUGAUGCAAAAAAGGCAGGCGAUGUACCUAAAUUGAAAAGGUAAUUGGACAAUGCCUUGUUAGAAUUAGAUGACUUGAAGGCUGAAAGAGAGGAAUUAGAUUAACAUUUAAAAUAAGUUCAUGAUGAUUACAAUAAAGCUUUGAAAAUACUAAAAGAAAAUGGUCUCCUAGGAUUAUUGGAUCCGUCUGAAUAGCAACCUAAUUAGAAACCAUUAAAUACAAAUGGGUAAUUAGGUCCAUCUGGUUAAGCCUUUAAUCCUAAUGGAUAACCUCUCUAUGGUUCUAAUGGGUAACCUCUCUAUGGUCCCAAUGGAUAACCUCAAUAUGGAACUUAAAAUGGUUAACCUGUGUUUGGACCAAAUGGAUAGCCCAUUUAUGGACCCAACGGUCAACCUAUUUAUGGUUCUGCUGGUUAAUAUGGACAGCCAGGGAGUGCAUAUUUGGGAACACCGAAUCAAAUUCCUUAGAAUAAAAUUGGAAUGAAUCCCAUGAAUUAGUCAAAUUAAUGGGGAGGUGUUAGUGGAAAUGUGGGGAGACCCUCUUAUGAAGAACUGAUUUUGGAUAAUAUUCGAAUGAAGAAAUGUAUUGAUUAGUUAAACUAUGAUCUAAAGAAUAGUAAAAGAUGA